AUGCUUGCUCGCUCACUCACACUCUGGCCAUUGGCACUGACGCUUGGUGCGUCGCUUGCCAGUGCUGCAGUCAUCGCACCUGGCCCUAGCAAUGCAACCUCUUCAGGCCAGGCGAUUUCCACUCCAGAGCUGAACGAGGCCUCCAAAGCGGGACCCUUGGGUCUGGAUAAUGUCAAUUGCCAGGAUGUCACCAUCCACGCCAAGAUCAGCGCUCAGAAUAGUGAGUAGGAAGAGGGUCACGGUGGAAUGUCGAUGUGCAUUAUCUGAUGCAAGCCAUCCUCGCACUCUCUGUCGCGCUCUCAUCUCCCCAGUCGACUUUGUCAAUGUGGAUGACAAUUACAACAAUGCUUCAUACGUCACCGACACCCUGCUCGCCUUUACGCAGCGUCAAAAGAAUUGGACUGCAGCGCACAUGCCCGGCACCAAGCACACCAACAACGCCACGUACCGCAUCGCUGCGCACUACUGCGAGCCCAAGCGAGGCGCCGUUGCGAAUUCGUCUCUGCUCGUCGCCACGCACGGCAUCGGAUUCGAUUCUUCAUACUGGAACUACUCGUACAAGAAAUCCUACUCCUUUGUUCGUCAUGCCGCCUCUCACGGCUACUCUAGCUUGAUCUACGAUCGACUGGGCACUGGCGAAUCAGAAACGCCAUCCAAAGGAGGUUUCAACACCGUGCAAGCUCCUACCGAGGUAGCCAUCCUGACACAAAUCCUGACGCAAGCCAAGCAGACGAAGAAUAUUGGCGGUAAGAAGCACGCUCGAAUCGUCGCCAUUGGUCACUCGUACGGAUCUGCCCAAAGUCAAGCGGUGACGGCUAGCAGUCCGGAUCUGAUCGACGGUGUCGUCUUGACCGGAUUCUCCACCGCCACGCAAUUCACCGGCACCUUUAUCCUGAGCGGAGCUUACACGCAAGCAAACAGCGUGAGCGAGCUUAGUCUCAAGGACAAGUCGGGCAUCUGGUUGGCAUCUGCCAGCAAAGUGUCCAACGUGCAAAACUUCAUCGACCCGUCCAAUGCCGAUUCCGCAUCGAUCGAUUUGGCUCGCAAGACGGAGCAACCUGUAACGCUGGGCGCCUACGCUUCCCUAGCCUCCAUCUCCGCACCCGCUUCCAACUUUACCAAACCCGUCUUGGUGCUCAAUGGCGAUCACGAUCUUCCCUUUUGCGGCGCAGAUUGUCAAUCGCAAUCCCCUGCCAUUCCAGACGGCGUAAAGAUGCUCUACCCUGCCGCUUCCAACUUUACUAGCGAACUCAUCCCACUCACAGGUCACGGCAUCGUCCCUCACCGCACUGGCCCAGAGAGUCACGAGAUCACGCUUCAGUGGAUCAUCGACAAUAAGCUUUGA